AGACGAUGGAACGGUGAAGAAAUCAUAAGAGUUUGAUUUAAACGAGAUCGCAUCAGAUAUUCUUAUCCAAGCUUCGUUUGUCUUCUCUGACCCUCUCUGCAAGUUCCCCUCGCAUCGCCAUGGAUUCAGGAUCCCGUGCUCGCUGCCCUUGGCAAUUCCUCAUCGUGUUCUCUAUUAUAUGUCUUCAAUCUAUGGCCGAUGAUGCUGGCUCCUUGCUUUUCAUCGAUGGCCAUGGCCUUAAGCAUCGGUACUUUCGCUUUUGUCCUUCGCAUCCGCACCAAACUGCUGAGACUUCAAUGUCAAUCAUGGAGGUUGGUGCUGCGGUGUCAGUCUUGCUUGGUUUGGCACCUCCACCUACGCUCUCAAUUGCUAGUUCAUCUAAGUUGAACGAGUUUCUAUUGCCCAAUCCCUUUGAUAAGCCACACCAUGUUCUUUUGCUUGAAAUUGGGCUUGCCGAAGAUUCUCAAGAAAUGGUUUACCCCGACAGUGCUGUAUUGAGUAGCGCCUUCAAGAGUAAGGUGGUUAGAAAUUCUGACAGUGUUGAAAUCGUACUUCCAGAUGCAGAAGGAGUUGCGUAUUUCUCAUUGAAUGAACCAGAAUAUGACUCUAACAUGGCUAUAACUGACAAAGAUCUCAGUGAAUUUGCAUCUCAUUUUGGUGGCUCGUACAAGUCAGAUAACAUCAAAUUAGUAAAUGGAGAACUAACUAUCCCAUUGCCUAGCGGAUGCAACUUGAGUCUUCACAUGUCAAAGAAAGCUGAUAGAAAAUUUGCCACUAGUCUGGUAUGCUUGAUUAACAACAUAAGGAAGUUUACAAAGACGACAAAAGAUUUGUCUGAAAGUGCAAAUUUUGCUGAACUUGUGGCAGGGUAUUUUGAGGGCAUUAAGGUUCUGCAAGAAGAGUAUAGGUCACAAGAUAUUGCACAACAAGGUAUGGAAUUGCUGCUCAUUACGGUAUCCAAAGUCGUUGAGACACUACGAGAAAGAUAUGAAGGUGAAAUUGUUGGAAUCAUCCUUUUCAGUAAGGCAUAUUCUUCACUCCCACAAAGAAUGCUCGACGUCACAUAUGAUUCAAGGAAUUCCUUGCGUUUUUUGGAGGAAGUGAAAUCUUCAUCGAACUCAACUGCUGAUGCUGAAGUGGCACUAGUAAGACGAACUCUUGCAUGGGUCACCGGUUUACUUCUAUUGCUUGCAACCUUGAUUGGGGUUUAUCUUCUUGUCAACAUGCCCCUUACAAGAGACACACUAUUGUAUUCAAAUGUGAAGCUCGACUGAGGUGGGCUUGUUAUUGUAUACUUCUAUUUGGCAUUCUUGAGGUUGUUAAAGAAUUGCUUGCGCAAGGAGUCGCAUGUAAGAUAAUAAGGUACAAACGUAGAUGGGACAUUGUAAUAUGCAACAUCCAGGAACGGAUUUUUUCGACCUUGUUGGUUUGAGUGAAGAAAAACCAGUUGAGACUUGACUCUCGUAAUAAUAGACUUUUGAUAUGUUGAAUGAACAUACGAUAUUUUAUUGAUUAUUCCUUAUUUAAGUAGUUUAUUUCUUUUUCUAUUCUA